CCUCAUCUUACCCCCUGAAAUACUCCUAGAACGGAUCCUCCCGCCCCGGCUCAAUCCUCCACAUCGUAGCCUAAUUAUUCCCCAACGCCCACACCCGCCGCUUCCAAUCCUUCACGAAGAAGUCUCUCAGGACAAGGAAAUCGUACGCAAAACUGGUGCUCUUCAAAUCGAUCGUGACGGUCCGAGUCCGGCCCUUCCACCGCACCGACUUCGACGCCUCGACCACCGCGCCUGUCGUCCUUUCGAGCAACUCCAGAUCGUAGCGCACGCAACGGCAGAAAAAGUUCCAGGCGGAUGUUGCCGCCGUAGCGGAGCAUGGUGAGCUCCAUGGCGCGGAGGACGGGGUGACCGCGCCAGGCAGGGAUGUCGGCGCGGUCGGAGAGGACCUGGGUUUCCAUAGCCCCCUUGACAACGGAGGUGGCCAUGCGAGAGAAUUGCGAGGUGGCUUCCUCGUGCGUCUGCUUGUCGAGAUGGAAGAUUUGGGCGCUGAUGAGGCCCUGUUCGGGCUGUGCGAGCGUGGAAUGGUCGUGGUAGUGCACCACCAGAUCCCAACACCACCAAUUGCUCCACCAAGGGCUAGAGCAAUUAAGCAACCACUGGGCUCACUUCAACAACUCUCUCCAUCAAGCCUAGCCAUCACACGCCAAUUAUUUCACCGAGAGUCAACAAAGUCGAGGACCUCUUCAACAAUAGCCCCAACCAAGAACCUCGCUGCCGAAUCCAAGGAUGCAUUGAAGACCGUAGCAAAUGGUUGCAUCUCCACAUCCUCCACGACCCCCAACACCGCCUCGACCAAACCCACCAUCUCGAACCUCGCGAAGCGUCGUACCCCAGCUCAACUCCCCACCCCCAAAGGCGCCUUCCCACUCAAGAACCUCCCCCGCGAGCUGCGGGACCUCAUCUACGACCACAUCCUCUGCGACUUCACCGCCGAGAUCUACGCCUUAGACUCGACCUUCCUAUCACCAGAUCACCACAGCGACAUCAUCACCGUCGCGACCACCUUAACAGCGCGAGCAGGCGAGAUCCCCUUAUUCUGCCCGCCCAUUCUCCUAGUCGACAAGCAAACCAGCGAGGAGACCACGGCCGCCAUCUCCCGCCACUCCCGCUGCAGAAUCACCGGCGAUUUCAGAACUUGCGAGCUCUUCGGCACGGAAGUGAACGCGCUCGUUAUGUUCGAGAAGCUUUAUAUCCAUAUCGGCUCGGCGAUCUUCGGCCGCCUUGGGAAGAUGGUGGAGCUGCUUGAGAAGGCGUUGCGGUUACUUUUGGAGGCGUCGGCGCAUCCGCGGUGGGAGGGGAGGGUGAGGGCGGUUGUGAUCAAUAUGUGGCCGAUUAUGGGGCGCAUCGAGCCGCAUCAUGUGGAAAAGGUUCGGAAGUUGAUUAGGUUGGUGAAGGAGCUCACGCGGUAUAAGGGGGUGAAGUGGGAGAUCGAGGGCCCGGGUCAGUGGUUGGAGAGGAAUAGCACGCCGAGGGAGAAGGGGGAAUUGGUGGAGGUCAUGAAGCCGUUCAUCAAGGGGGAUGGCCAUGGACGGUUCGGGAAUCCGUGAAGGAGUAGCUUGGUAGACUUAGCUGUCUAGGAGCCUGCGAUCUGGAUGGGUUUUGGUUGCUGGCGGAGGCGUUAAGAGUUUACCAGAUAGAUUGAAUUGAACAUAUUCUUGU